AUGCUCUUUCCAUCCAACGCGGCGCAGCUGAGGGGGAAUCGCAACAUCGUCGGCAUGCUCGGUGUGUGCGGCACUACCGUGGCGAGGGAGUACUUCCCGACCAACGUCGUGAUCUACGCAUUCCAAAGCAGAGAGCGACUAUCGAUUCGCGCGAUCGUUUCCAUGUCGCUGGACGCCGCAAGAGGGCUUCAGGUAGGCGUCCACGUCAUGGACAUUAGCCCUACCGACGGGGCGUUCUGCCCUGUGCAUGCCAAGAAACGAAACCGUCUCGCGCCCUGGCCGUCGCCCGAAAACUACGCCGGGCAGACCUCGGACAUCUACAGCAUGGUCAUGUUUUUUUACUCGCUGCUUCCCGGGACAAGGCCAUUCCGAGGUCCAGAAGGUCUGGCGGAGGCCUUUGAAACCCGAACUCACUCUCGGCCUCUCGUAGAUCCUUCAUGGCACAGGGGAUUCGCGGAGAUAUGCAAGUCGAUCUCGCGGUGA